UUCACCGGCCCGCCCCGUCCGUCCUCCCGCCGGCCUCCCCGGGGCUCCCGACCUUCCGCUUAACGCUCCGCCGGCCUUCGGAUUUCCCCCUCCCCAUCGCCGGCUUUGGGAAGGAGGAGCGCUCCCCGUCCGGCCGGCCGGCCGGCCGUCUGUCCCUCCCGCGAUACAACUGACCACUGCUUGAAUGGAAUUCUAAGAGUGCCCAAACACUUACAAAAAUGGAGUCGUCAUCCCUGCUUUCAUCUUUAAAUGAUGAAUGCAAAUCAGAUAAUUACAUCGAACCUCAUUAUAAGGAAUGGUACCGCGUUGCUGUCGAUACCUUGAUUGAAAGCGGGUUAGAAGCAUACCAUGAAUUUCUUGUCCAAGAGAGGUUUGCAGAGUUCCUAGCCGAGGAGGAAAUUAAUUACAUCUUGAACAAUGCUAAGAAAUUUGCCCAAAGUACAGGGCAUGCCUCUGAUAGUUCUUGUGAUGAUACUUCUUCGUCGGGAACUUACUGGCCUAUGGAGUCUGAUGUCGAAGCUCCGAACCUUGAUCUCGGUUGGCCGUAUGUGAUGCCUGGGCUUUCUGGCAGCACGCACAUCGACCUGCUUUUCCAUCCACCACGAGCACACCUUCUCACAAUUAAGGAGACGAUUCGGAAGAUGAUCAAAGAAGCAAGAAAGGUCAUUGCAAUCGUAAUGGAUAUAUUUACUGACGUGGACAUCUUCAAAGAGAUCAUUGAGGCCUCAACUAGAGGGAUUUCAGUCUAUCUUCUGCUUGAUGAUUCCAACUUCAGUCACUUUCUAGGCAUGGCUGAAAAACAGGGAUGUCAAAUUCAGAGACUCAGGAACAUCAGAGUACGGACAGUGAAAGGCCAAGAUUACCUUUCUAAAACAGGAGCAAAGUUUUAUGGGAAAAUGCAGCAGAAGUUUCUUCUAGUUGAUUGUCAGAAAGUCAUGUAUGGCUCCUACAGCUACAUGUGGUCAUUUGAAAAAGCCCAUCUCAGCAUGGUUCAGAUAAUCACUGGACAGUUGGUUGAAUCCUUCGAUGAAGAGUUCCGAACCCUCUAUGCCAGAUCCUGUGUUCCUACUCCCUUUGCUCAAGAAGAAUCUGUGAGAGUAAAAAAUGGAAAGAGGCUCUGGGAGAAUGGCAGCUACCAGCGUUCAGUGUCUUCCUUGGCCUCCAUUUCCAGCCAGAGAAACCUUUUCAGCCGGCAAGACAACUUUCAUAAGCUCGACUCCAGUUACUUAAAAAGUCGAGGCUUCUAUGGAGUAAAUGAAUAUGAUAAAUUUCACAUGAGAGGUCACGGCUACAAGCCCCAUUUUGUUCCAAACUUUAAUGGGCCACAAAAAAUCCGCCAGUAUCAGCCCAGUGGAAAAAAUGAAAAUUGGAAAAGACACAGCUAUGCUGGAGAACAGCCUGAAACAACUCCAUAUCUGCUUCUCAACAGGGCCCUCAAUCGUGCCAAUAAUCCAUCAAACCACUGGAAAAUGCCCUCUGAUAGCCUAAGUGUUGCCUCAUCAACCCGAGGAGGUUACGUGAACCACCGCCGUGAUCCUGUGCAGAGUUUCGCUGAUCGGCUCGCCCAAAGAAGGACAACCAACCUUGUAGAAAGAAAUUCCAACGUAAGAAGGUCUUUUAAUGGCACAGAUAACCACAUCCGCUACUUGCAGCAGAGGAUGCCAACUCUGGAGCACACGACAAAAUCCUUUCUACGCAACUGGCGAAUUGAGUCCUACUUAAAUGACCAUUCAGAAACACCCCCUGACUCAAAUGGGUCGGCUCUAGGCGACAGGUUUGAAGGCUAUGAUGGAUCAGAGAGCAUCAAGGCCAGCGCCCUUUACUCCCAUUCUCGACUUCGUUCAUCUAUUGUGUUCAAACCAACCUUACCAGAGCAGCAGGAAGUUAACAGCUGUACAACAGGCUCUUCAAAUUCAACCAUAAUUGGCUCUCAGGGAAGUGAGACACCCAAAGAGACAUCAGGUAAUCAGGAAAGCAUCAACCACACCACAGACCCAUCUGCGUCAGAUCUGGACACACAAGUAGAGCCUCAGCCAGAUGUCCUCACAAGAAAUAACCUUCAAGUUCCAAAGGACCACAGUGUUUCAAAUCAUUACACCAAUGGCAAUAUGGACUCUGAGAAGCAUGUGCACCCAAGCUCGGGUGGAAACCAACAGACAGAAAAUCUGAAUCUCCCUCAAAAUGAGACUACCUUAAAACGGCGAAGUUUCCCAAUGUUUGACAACUCAGUGACCAAUCUAGAUAAUGAAGGUAGCAAGCACUAUGUAUACAGUACCUUGACCAGGAAUAGGGUUAGACAACCAGAAAGCCUGCAGGCCAAGGAGGAUUUCCUGAAAGGCUCUAAAAGUAUGCACAAUGUUGCCAACAACUUAGAAGAUGAAGAUAAAACUAAUAAAGAAGACUCUCAAAAUGGACCAACCACCAAGUCAAUUUCUAUUGCGGCUCUCCUUGAUGUCAACAAAGAGGAACCCCACAAAGAGCUGUGUUUAAAGAAAGAAAAUAAAGGCUCCCCGAAUUUUUUGAAAAAGGGUUCCCAAAAACUGAGGUCCCUGCUCAGUCUUACUCCCGAAAAGAAAGAAAAUUUAGCAAAAAACAAAGCUCCUGCUUUCUAUAGACUAUGUAGUAGUUCCGACACUUUAGUUUCUGAAGGUGAGGAGAAUCAAAAGCCCAAAAAAUCCGAGCCCAAGAUAGAUUCACCAAGACGGAAGCGGUCAUCCUCAUCUAAUUCUCAAGGGAGCAUCCACAAGAGUAAAGAGGACAUAACCAUCAGCUCACCUCCGAUGCCCCCAUCUGAUGACAUCACUCAGGUAGGAGCUCCUGUGUGUCCUGUCGAAGACAAGUUCCUGGAAAGUGCCGGAGAUGCUUCUGCUCCAAGAUUCAAUACGGAGCAGAUUCAGUACCAAGAUGCGAAAGAAAUGAAGACAGCUGUGCCUCCUGAAAGAAGGCCACCUGCUCCAUCGCCUUCCAGGCCAAAACCCAGUGAGCUAAUCCGUUCUCGCUCCACUGACAGAAGGGUUUACAGCCGCUUUGAACCCUUCUGUAAGAUAGAAAGCGCAAUUCAUCCAACUAACAACGUGCCAAAUGCCAGUAUACAUCUCACCGAAAUGAAAAGCACAAAUUUGGUUAAUAAUUAUGGCCGGUCUAGUACAAUGCUUAAUUACAAUUCUCCUGUAUACCGCUCUUUUCAACCAAAUGAAAACAAAUUCCGUGGCUUCAUGCAAAAAUUUGGAAACUUUAUACAUAAAAACAAAUGAGAAAGUAUAUCAUUCCAGAUUCAUCAAGAAAAUUCUAAAAUCAUCGUAGCUGUAAAUACUUAACUGGAGAAGACUUUGGAUGGUUCUUGUAAAUUGUUAUUGGGUUUCUUUUAGGUGACAAUAUUUUGGAGUUAAUGUAUAUAUUACCAAUGCAUUUUGCCCCCUGUUCGUAAAGGGUUCACUUUUAUGGAAUAAAGUUAGCGUUGUAUUUAGUCACUGCAGAUACAAUUUGUCUAGAAAAUGUUUUUAAAUCAAUGUUAAUGUUGGUAAUAGUAAUGAAACAAAAUACAUUUUUCUCUAGUAAGAGAAAGUUUCUAGUAAGAUGUAUAACCUAAAGGGGGUAAAUAUGUUUUAGCCACAAACUAAUGUUGUUUAAUAUUUUUUUGGAAAGUGGCCCUUUCAAUCUAUGCAAUUUUCUGGCAUUUAUGUAUCCCCAAAAAGAAAAUAGCAAAAAAAAAGUCAGAACUUAUUAAGUUUCCUUAAUUAGUUUUGAAAAUAUCUGCUAGAGGGUGGGUUGUUACAUUUUAUUUGCAUGUUUUUCGUUCUCCUGCAAAGCAUAUCUAACUGGUUUGGCAGCAAAAAGACAAUCUAAGUUCUAUACCUCACUGCAUAUUUCAUUUUGCCAGAGGUAUUUUAAAAAUAUCAGUUUCCUGGAGGAGGAUUUCAUUUCAGUGUCUGAAAUGAAAAUGAUAAGAAUUUAACUCUUUUUACCUCUGGUCAAUAGCGAAACUUCACUAAUUCACACUGUGGCUCAUCGGGCUUUCCUCAGGCCUAACAGCUAAUGAAGUCAAUAGGCAUUUAGAAAUGUUUUACAAACUUUACUUUGGUUUUUUUUUCUGAAUGUAAAUUUUCAGGAUUUUGGAAAAAAAAAUGACCACGUGGGUUUCCAUUUCAUACAAAUAUCAUGAUGGUACUACAUUCUUUACUUUUGAUGGCCUUGCUCUUCUUUGAGCACAAAUAUACACAAUUUAGUAAUGGAGUCUGGUAGAACGAGCAGGCUGAUGUUCCCAUCUCAGCCCUAUACUAUGUGUAUGACUUUGGGCAGGUCUCUAACCCCUUUGGCCCUCAGUUUCCCAGACUGUAAAUUGGGGGAUAAUAGUGCUCAUCCCAUCCUAUUUCACAGGGAUGUUGUGAGAAUUACAUGAGAUAACAGAUGUGAGGGGUUUGGAACCUAAACAAAAUUUACAAAUACAGUACUCAUCUUGGUGUUUCUCAGUUCAUUGAUUUGCAAGGCAACAACACAACAUUAAGGAGAAAACUCCUAAAACCCAUUCCUUAUAUUUUCUCAAUCAGCUUAGGAAUCACAGCAAUGGAAAGAAAAAUCCCUGUUUAGUAAAGUAACUUAUGUAACCAGGCUUUUCUCUAAACACGGAAUUAAACUGAAUAGGGCAAGACUGAUUAACAGCUUGCCUACAUUAGCAUAUUUGAGGAAUUAAAAAUUAGCUAUCUCUUUUUAGCAAAUAAGGAAAAAAGCCUUCCCCUUGUUAGCACAUAAGUAGAAUUUUGUAAGUACAGACAUGAAAUCCAGACAACCAGAAAUGAAUGUUGCAUCAUUCAUAAAACAAUGUUUUAAACCCUUGCUAUUAAAGUCUUCAUCA